AUGCUUCUUCUUUCACGUGUCGUACAUGGCGUUGAAAAAUUCUCCAAAGUAGCGCCUCAUUUCAGGGAUUAUUUCUAUGUUGGUGGGGAAUAUGUCCAUGUCAGUGGUAGUACCCGGGGGACUUACUUCCAUAAUCAGAUGUAUGUGGAGAAGUUAUCGCCAGUCCAUGAGCAUGUGCAACCAUAUCCCAUCGUUUUUGUUCACGGUGGUGGUCAGAGCGGGACGAACUUCCUCAAUAAACCUGACGGCAGCCCAGGAUGGGCAUCUUGGUUCCUUAACCAUGGCUAUGCCGUGUAUCUCCUCGAUCGAACGUUAACCGGUCGAUCCCCGAUAUUGCCGGGGGAUGACCUGAGCCAGACUGCCUUCUCGGCGGAGUUCAUCUCGCAGCGAUUCACCGCCGUGCAGAAGUAUCCCCUAUGGCCCCAAGCCAAACUACAUACCCAAUGGCCCGGCACAGGUGAAAUGGGCGAUGCAUUCUUCGACGCGUAUUACAUGAGUACUGUCCAAUCCGUCUCCGACAGUCAAAUCCAAGAGGAGACCAUGAAAGCCGCCGGCGAGAGGCUUCUCGAUCGCAUCGGCCCGGCAGUCGUCAUCACGCAUUCCCAAGGUGGACUGUACGGGUGGUCAUGGGCAGAUAGUCGUCCAGGCCUGAUCAAGGCGCUGAUCCAAAUCGAGCCGAAAGGCCCUCCAUUCCGAGAGGUCAUAUUUUCAAGUGCGUACAGCCGCCCUUGGGGACUUACCUCUAUCCCCUUAGCCUAUGACCCGCCACCUACGAAUCUCUCGUCGCCCUUGACAAUGAAGAGUGUACCCGCAGAUUCACACGACCUACUUCCAUGUAUCAUUCAACAGGAACCUCCCAAAAAGCUGCCUAAUCUAGCGCGGGUUCCGAUCUUGAUUAGUACUGGAGAAGCAUCUUACCACGCUCUAUAUGAUUAUUGUUUCAUCAAGUUUCUGCACCAGGCGGGGGUUCCCGCGGAACAUCUGGAGUUGAGUCGUGUAGGGUUGAAUGGAAAUGGGCAUUUGCACUUCAUGGAAAGAAAUAGUGAUGAUAUAGCUCAAACACUGCAUGAGUGGGUUGUUGUAAAGGUGAACGGCACGCUUUGA